AUGAAUCGUCUUCUGCAGUACGGUUCCGUCGAUGCGAUUCCCUUCCACAACUGUAGCUGGAAGUCUGAAUCCGAGUGGUGGGAGACUGGAGUUCAACGCCCGUUGCUCGGUAUUCCCAUUGCCACUUUCGGAGUUUUCAUUGAGCUUCUCUACGUUCCAAUCGUAUUCAUAAUCUUCAAAACGCGUCUAAUUCGCCAUGCUUGCUACAAAAUAAUUGUGCUGUUGGCCGUGGCGGAUAUGAAUGCGAUUGGUACGUGAUUCGAUUCGCUGUUGUACCAUAAUCGCCAGUUUCAGCUUGUAGUUGCAUAAUAAGUGGAAUCCUCUACACUCAGGGCGCCGUCUUCUGCACUUAUCCGACUUUUAUCUAUAUAACCGGAUGUUUUGCUCUGAGCACUUGGUGCAUGGCGUGUGCCAUUACCGUAUCUCUUUUCUUUAACCGUAUUGCGAGCAUUAGCUUUCAAGACUACGCGGAUCGUGUCGAGAAGCGAAUGGCCUACAUUUCGAUGGUCGUUUGUCUCGCCUACAUGUGCUACUUCACCUUUUUCACUUCGCCGGCGUUCUUCAACUCUAAAAUCAUGGCUUGGAUCUCUGACCCACUUUCUGAGCAGGAACUCAGUCAAGAGGCGUCUGAUAUGGUACGUCUAGACACAUUCACUAAGAGCGUCUUUGUAGAGAGGUUCAUUUAUUUUGCCGAUGAUUAAUAUCUAUUCAGUAUCGGAAUAACUCUCAAACAUGGAACAAUGCCUUAUUUGUCGCCUGCAUUUUCAUCCUAUUCACCGUCUAUUGCGCAAUGGUCAACAAGCUCGCCCGGGGACAAAAGUCGAAGGCUGCGAGGGCGGUGAGCUCUAGUCCUGUUAAAAUUCGUCAUCAAAAGCCUUCGAGAUCUUCAUCCAAUGCUCCGUCAUCUGUUUCUUCAACACCGUCACCGCACUCAUCUACAACGCGCUCGCCAUCGUGACUCCGGCUCCGUGGAUUCUGGUUUUCGGCCAGUUGUGCUGGUCAAUCAACCACGGCUGUCCGGCGAUCAUCUACGUGACAAUGAACGACACGAUCAGGCGCGAAUUCAUAAAACUCGUGUUGCGUACUGCGUCACAGGUGAUAGUGAUGACUAAUUGAUUGAAAUGUGUUGGUUACCUUCAGAAAGUUGAGGACUCGAGCAUGGGCACCGUCACCAACAAUACGAAAUCGCGAAUUUGA